CGCCGCCCGCGCCCUCUGCCCCGGAACUAUGGUCCCCUCCUGCCAGCUCGCGCUGCUGCUCCUCGUGAGCGUCGCCGCCGCCGCUGCGGAGUCGAUCCGAGAGACAGAAGUCAUUAACCCCCAGGACCUCCUAGCAGGCCGGUACUUUUCUGGAGCUCUGCCGGACGAUGAGGAUGUGGGGGGCCCCGGGGAAGACCUCGAUGACUUUGAGCUGUCUGGCUCUGGAGAUCUGGAUGACUCGGAGGACCCCAGGAUCUUCCCUGAAGUCAUCCAUCCCUUAGUGCCUCUAGAUAACCACAUUCCUGAGAGGGCAGGGCCUGUGAACCGGGUCCCUUCCGAGCCCAAGGAGCUGGAGGAGAAUGAGGUCAUCCCCAAGAGGAUCUCGCCCUUUGAAGGGAAUGAGGACGUGUCCAACAGGGUGUCCAUGUCCAGCACUACCCAGGGCAGUGGCAUCUUUGAGAGGACAGAGGUCCUGGCAGCUCUGAUUGUGGGCGGUGUCGUGGGGAUCCUCUUUGCCACGUUCCUGGUCCUGCUGCUGGUAUACCGCAUGAAGAAGAAGGACGAAGGGAGCUACGACCUGGGCAAGAAGCCCAUCUACAAAAAAGCCCCCACCAACGAGUUCUACGCGUGAAACUUCCCACGGGCACAGGCUUGGGCUGUCGGGGGAGGGCAACCCAAUACUGACCUAUCAGUAUCUCCAGCUCUGACCAUGUUUAAAUGUCAGAAGAUGAGACAUCAUCUUCUAUUGUUCUUGCCUGGCUCUUCUCGAUUCUCUGGGCCUCAGUUGCCCCAGCAGAAAAAUGGGGGUUGAACUUGCCCUUUCUGAAGGCAGCCUGAGGACUGGAUCAUUUCUUAACCUUCCAGCUUAGAGCCUAGGACCUAAGACCAGCUUAGAACCUAGCCUGAAUCAUACCCCACCCAGAGCCCUCAGAAACCGAGGGUCCAAGGGGGGUUGCUUGGAUCCUGGCUGGAGGUCUGCCACCCAGUUACUCCUUUUCACAGCCCGUCUCUGCUAGGAAUUGGGAGAAGGAACCAGAACCAACUGCGCCCUGAGAUGUGUCUGUCCAUGGGAAGGUCUCCAUCACACUACAGGAUUCUCUGUGGUAUAUCUUAGGCUGUUCUGGGCUCUUUCAAGUGACUUCUGGAAAUCAGCAUUUUUUACUGGGGGAGAGGAGGGAGGGAGGGUGAGGAGGAAGAGCCGAAAUUUCAUACUGACAUGGAUUUGUAGAAUAGUUGUAAACCUAUUUUUAGUAGGGUUUGUUUGUUUUUUAAACGGUUCAUUCCUUCACGCAGAGUCUCUUUCUGCCUGGGCAAGAGUGUGCUGAGUCUUUAUUUAAUGGUGUUUUGUUUUUGUUUGUUUCUUGAAAAAGAGCCGGAGAUAUGAUUUUUAUUAAUAUUUUUUUUAUUAUUUAUAGCUUCAGAUAGGGCCUCUCCUUCUCUCUAAAUUUUCUCUCCCAUCUUUUUUUUUUUUUUUUUUUUUGACAUUCUCCCAUCUAUGACCUCGGCCCUUUCUGAGGCUGCUUCUUCUAAGAAGUAGCUUUUGCUAAAAUAUAAUUUUCCAGCAGAUCCCAAAAUAUAAUGCAGAGGAUAGUGGGAUAUUUGUGUCUCUUGUAAUAUAUUAUUAUUCUUCCUGGGUUCUAGAAAAAUAGAUAAAUAUAUUUUUUCAGGAAAUAGUGAGAUCGUUCCAGUUGAAAGUUGGCUGGGUGUUGAGUGAGUGGCUUCUGUGUGGCUGGGUGGGUUUUUGCCUGUUACUCUUGCCCGUUUCUCGUGCAUUUUUUUGAUUGGGCUGGAACAGUUGAGAGUCGAUGGUUCCUCUCCUCUUUGUAUUUUCUGCUUUGGGUCCCGCUGGUGUUCCUUUCUCCCAGCUCUAGACUGCACUGUCCAAUAUGGUAACCCUGGGCCACAUGUGGCUAUUUAAAUUUAAAUAAAUUAAAAUUGCUUGAAGUUCAAGAUUCAUUCCUUGGCCACACUAGCUACAUUUCAUGUGCUCAGUCGCCACAUGGGGCCAGUGUCUACUGCACUGGAUGUGCAGAUGGAACACUUCCACCUAUUGGACAGCGCUGCUUAGAGGACUAAGCUGGCUUAACAAGUCACAGCUCUGGCGUUCCCUGGGUGACCCUUGUCUCCCUGGGCAAGGGUGGAGGGUGCUGGGUUUGACGGGGGGGACUGAUUAGGCUCCAGCUGGAGCCCAUCAUCUGGGAUCCUCCUUCUCGGAGAGGAGAGGCCUGGUGGCCUGGCCUGGGCAGACCAUGUCUUUCCUUGACCCCACUGGCUGGAGUCAGGGGAUCACCUUACUGCCCCCGCUCCCCACACACACACCCAGUGGCCAUUAAUGAGCUCCUUCACUGCCCCAACCCAGAGUCCCAGCUGGCUGGGUCCCCUUCCGCCCCCCAGGCCCUUUCCCUUGGGCGAUUAUGGGUGCAAAUACCUUUUCUGCAGCCACCUUUCAUACUUGUCUGUUACUGAUUUUUUGAUAAAAAGAUAAUAAAACCUGAUACUUUCUGGA